AUGUACGCUCAGCGCAGUCUUCUUCGUCUGUCCCAGCGCUCCGCGCAGCAGCUGCGUGCUGCUCCGGUCCGCUCCGCCGCCCCGCGUCGCCUCAACCACACCGAGUCCAAGCUCCCCUCCUGGGCUGUUGACAACGAGUUCAACCGCGAGAGAGAGGCCGUCAAGCACCACGCUGCUGCUACCAGUGACCUCUGGCGCAAGCUCUCCGUCUACGCCGUCGUUCCCAUCGUGAUCCUCGGCGGUAUCAACGCCUACAACCUCUGGGAGGAGCACUGGGAGCACUGGGAGCACAUGCCUCCUCUUGAGGAGCGCACCGAGUACCCCUACCAGAACAUCCGUGUCAAGAACUUCCCCUGGGGUGACGGUGACAAGACCAUCUUCUGGAACUCCAGCGUCAACUACCACAACAAGGACAAGGCCACCUAAAUGUCCAGUGGCCGAAUGACGGGCCUGGCAGCUCCCUUGUGGGGCCUUUUGUUUUUUUGAGGUCCUAGAUCGGAUACGGAAGAACAGUUGUACAUUUAUUGCGGAAUUAUGCAAAAUGUAGAGGAACCUUUGGGGGAGAUGAUGAGAGAAUUGAGCGAGGGAGGCAGAGAGCGAGUCACACAAUGCUACUUCAGUUUUUAUUUUUCUUUUGUAUGGUGCGCGUGCUCUUUUUGGGUAAUCAAAUCAGAUCGCCCGUCGCGAUUGGGUUUCGCCUGGCGCAGAAAAAGUGCCUCACCAUUUCUCGCAAGGGUCAUCUUGUCAGUAAUGUAGGCUGCAACGUCUUGUGGAUUCGUUGUUAAGCAGGCACGGGUUGCAAGAGAC